AUGGCUCCCCAGAAGCAGUUGGUCCUCAAGCUGACCUCCUUUCGCUACAAGAAGGAUGGCAUCUCUUGGAAGGACUUUCAUGAAUACGGAACCCGAGAGCAUGCACCCAAGGCUGCCCGCAUCCAGGAAAGACACGGUGCCUACAAAAUCGCACACAUGUACACUCCCCCAAUUACCAAGAACCUCAUCACCGAGAAGAUCCCCUGGGCUGCAAUUGUCACAGAUCCGGAAUUCCAGAGCCUCGUCGCAGGGGAAGACCAUAUUUUGGACCAGGAGCGAGCCACGGUGACCGCAGGUUGGGAGGAGGUGUUUGUUGACGAGGGCAAGAUCGUGGACAUUGAGCGUGCCAGCUGGGAGGCUUUUACGGCCAUGGGUCAGGAUAGCAAGAAGACCUCUGCCCCCGAGGAUGUUCGUAUCUGA